AUGGAGACCUUCGUGCGCAAGGCUGACAGCAUCUAUCCUGGGGUGAGAGAGGCCUACUGGGCUGGCAACUGGAGGAUCCGCCCACAUGCGGAGGACGAGGAGGAAGAGGAAGAGGAGGAGAAGAAGAAGCGGCGGGUGCUCUUCUCCAAGGCGCAGACGCUGGCGCUGGAGCGGUGCUUCCGGCAGCAGCGCUACCUGUCGGCGCCCAAGCAGGAGCAGCUGGUGCACCUGCUGCGCCUGACGCCCACCCAGGUCAAGAUCUGGUUCCAGAACCACCGCUACAAGAUGAAGCGUGCCAAGGGCGGCGCCGAGCAGGCCGCGGGCGGAGGCGGCGCGGGAGCGCUGCCGCUGCUGUGCAGGGUGGGGGUGCCCGUGCUGGUGCGUGACGGCAAGGCCUGCCAGAGCUGCAGUGGCGGCGGGGCGGCCUCGGGGCAGGACUACGGCGGCGGACAGACGGCUCUCAGCCUGCCGGGCUAUCCGGCCUUCCCGCAAACUGGCAUGCUGAGCCUUUUCCCUUCCUACCAGCACUUAGCGCCGCGGGCCCUGGUCUCCUGGAACUGGGGCUGA